CUUUAUAUCUUCCUGAAGUAGACGCUGGUAGCUACGGAAAGCCAUGGAUUAGGGUCUAUGUUUAUGUUCCUUUGAAUUUGAUUAAGGUUGGCUUGUUUCCAGGAGACUGAAUAUACGUGAACGACAGAAAGAUAAAAUCGGAGACGGAUGGAGAAUGAUGCCAGAGGGAGCGCAGUUUGACCCAACGGUUGGCUCUGUCACCAUGUACCAGCCCAGAACCUGAUGCCCAUGCUCGCCACAUUUGUUGCCAUGGAUGCAGAGGACUACUUAGAAGACUCUCUGGACAGCCCUGAGUAUGGCGCACCCAGCUCUCCUCUGGCGUCCUCCAUGGAGAGUCCGAUAUUUCCCUCAAACUCUUGGGGAUUGUCCCAGCAGACUGCAUAUAGUCAGCAGUUCCCUAUGCAAUCUGAGAGGCAGUACAACUCGACCUCUUCAACUGUGACGCCAAUGGAUGUGUUCAACUCGGCACCCUUCCAUGAUGAUUUUGACCUGACCAGGAAUGACUUUCCUCAGGACCUCAUUGAUGAUCUCUCCAACAACUCCCUGUUCUCCUCUCCACGUGACUCGCUGUCAGACUAUGGUGCAGACAGUUUGCCACACACCUCCACUGCCAUGGUGCCCUGGGGCAACAUCAACACGUCUGGCAUCAACCAGAGAGAGAGCCUGAGCAGAACUCAUGACUUGAGUAGUCUGGACGACCUGUCAGCCAUCAUCAACACGCCACCACUGGGAGGAUACCAGCCCUCUGCUCCAGUUCCACCGCCUGCAGAGGAAGAGGAGGAGGCAGAGGAAGAAGAGGAGGCAGACGAGCUGGGCCAUGUGGAUACAUACGCGGAGUACAAACCAUCCAAAUCCACCAUUGGCAUUUCUCACCCGGACAUUGUUGUGGAGACCAACACCCUGUCCAGCGUGCCCCCACCCGACGUCACCUACACCCUCUCCAUCCCAGGGAGCACCAUCAACUCCGGCAUGCUGUCCGCUCUGCAGCUGGAGGCCAUCAUCUACGCCUGCCAGCAACACGAGGUGAUCCUACAGAACGGGCAGCGAGCGGGCUUCUUGAUUGGAGACGGGGCAGGAGUGGGAAAAGGCCGGACAGUGGCUGGCAUCAUCUUGGAGAACUACCUGAAGGGCCGCAAGAAGUCCCUCUGGUUCAGUGUCUCCAAUGACCUGAAGUAUGAUGCGGAGAGAGAUCUCAAAGACAUCGAUGCGUCCACUUUACCAGUUCAUGCUUUAAACAAGAUAAAGUAUGGAGACACCGCUACCUCAGAGGGGGUGCUGUUCGCCACAUACUCCGCUCUGAUUGGUGAGAGUCAGGCAGGCGGGCAGCACCGCACCAGACUCAAGCAGAUCCUGGACUGGUGCAAACCCAACUUCGAUGGAGUCAUUGUUUUCGAUGAAUGCCACAAAGCCAAAAAUGCAACAUCCACUAAAAUGGGCAAGGCCGUACUGGACCUCCAGAGCAAGCUGCCCAAGGCGAGGGUGGUGUACGCCAGUGCCACAGGUGCCUCUGAGCCAAAGAACAUGAUCUACAUGAGCCGUCUAGGGAUCUGGGGGGAGGGCACGCCCUUCAAAACCUUCGAAGACUUUCUGCAUGCCAUCGAGAAAAGGGGUGUGGGAGCCAUGGAGAUAGUUGCCAUGGACAUGAAGGUCAGCGGCAUGUACAUAGCGCGGCAGCUGAGCUUUGCGGGCGUGUCGUUCCGCAUCGAGGAGAUUGCCCUGGACGGCGAGUUCAAGCUGAUGUACAACAAAGCAGCCAGACUGUGGGCGGAAGCCUUGGCCUUGUUCCUGGGGGCGGCCAACACGCUGGGCCUGGUGUCCAGGAAGUCCCUGUGGGGCCAGUUCUGGUCCUCGCACCAGCGCUUCUUCAAAUACCUCUGCAUCUCAGCCAAAGUGCGCCGGCUAGUGGAGCUGGCCAAGACGGAGCUGGGACAAGGCAAGUGCAUUGUGAUUGGUCUGCAGUCCACGGGCGAGGCUCGCACCAGAGAGGUGCUGGACGAGAACGAUGGGCAUUUGGACCGCUUCGUCUCUGCCGCUGAGGGUGUGUUCCAGUCGCUGGUGCAGAAGCACUUCCCCUUGGAGAAGCCCAAGAGAGACAAGCCUGCUGGGAACAAGCGGAAACGGAAGCCCCGCGGCAGGCCCCCUAAGUACCCAAAGCACAGUAAAGACGUGGUCGGCGAGGUGAUCAGCAUAAGCGACAGCAGCAGCUGCGAGUCGGACGGAAUGGAGAGCGACUCCAACUCUUCGCCCGAGUCUCCGCAGGACAACGAUGACGUCAUCUUUGUCAACCACAUCAACGGUCACACAGCCAAACUGGAGGAACUGAAGCAGAAUCUGCUCAGCAAGAUCUCUGCGUUGGGGAAGGAGCUGCCCCUCAAUACCCUGGAUGAGCUGAUUGACCGCUUCGGAGGACCUGAGAUGGUGGCUGAGAUGACUGGGCGUAAGGGUCGCGUGGUUCGUCGACCUGAUGGCAGCGUGCGCUAUGAAUCCCGUGCAGAGCAAGGCCUCACCAUCGAUCAUGUCAACAUGCGGGAGAAGGAGCGCUUCAUGACUGGAGAAAAGCUGGUGGCCAUCAUCUCGGAGGCGGCGAGCUCCGGCAUCUCCCUGCAGGCGGACAAGCGGGUGCCGAACAAACACCGGAGGGUCCACAUGACCCUGGAGCUGCCCUGGAGCGCUGACCGCGCCAUCCAGCAGUUCGGCCGCACUCAUCGCUCUAACCAGGUGACUGCGCCGGAGUACAUCUUCCUCAUCUCAGAACUGGCAGGAGAGAGGCGCUUUGCAUCAAUCGUGGCAAAGAGACUGGAGAGCCUGGGGGCGCUGACUCACGGAGACCGACGCGCCACCGAGUCCAGAGACCUGAGCAAGUUCAACUUUGAGAACAAGUAUGGAAACAAAGCUCUGGACAAGAUCACCAAAGCCAUUCUGGGCCACAUCAAAAACACUGUCCCAGCACCCAAGGAGUACCCUGGUGGGGAUGGCGUCUUCUUCAGAAACAUGAAGCAGUGCAUGGUUGAUGUGGGAAUCCUCAUGAGCAAUCCUCGUUUCGUCAUCAAUGCUGAGAAAGACUGCACCAUCACCAAGUUCCUCAACCGCAUCCUGGGCCUGGAGGUCCACCAGCAGAACUACCUGUUCCAGUACUUCACUGACAACUUUGAGCACCUCAUUGAGAAGGACAAGAAAGAAGGCAAAUACGACAUGGGCAUCCUAGAUCUGGCUCCUGGGAACGAUGAGAUCCGCGAGGAGACCCAGGAGCGCUUCCUCACCGCAGGGAACCCGCAGGAGGGACAGGUCAUACUGUACAAGAUCAGUGUAGAUCGAGGCAUGCCGUGGAAGGAGGCGUCCAGUAAGGCCAAUACACUCACUGGAGAAGAUGAGGGCUUCUACCUCUCUCACAAGCUGCGGGGAAGUAUGCCAUGUGUACUGUUAGCAGAGCAGGGGCGCGGGAGAAAUCUCGUCGUCUUCAAGCCCAACAUCGGCAAGCAGGCUCACCCCGAGAGCUUGGACAACCUGCAACUCCGCUACCGCAAGGUGACUCCAGACGAGGCAAAGGAGUGCUGGGAAAGUCAGUUUGAGUUCUCUCUGCAGAAGUGCAGCCAUGCCCACUGGAAGGGCAAGUGUAAGCAGAAGGAGCUGGGCCACGAGUGCUGGCUGGGCAUGCGUCUGCGGCAGUACCACAUGCUGUGUGGCGCGCUGCUGCGCGUCUGGAAGCGCGUGGCCGACAUCGUCUCCGACAUCACCAACUCCAGCAUCCUGCAGAUCGUGCGGCUCAAAACCAAACACAACAGCAAGCAAGUGGGCAUCAAGAUCCCGGAGAACUGCGUGGGGCGCGUGCGCACCGAGCUGCUCCAGAUGGACGAGGAGGUGAAGCGGCAGCGGCAGGAGCGCGAUCACCGCGCGCAGGAGAAGCUGGCCACCGAGCAGCUGCUGCUCCGCCUGGCCAAGCUCCGCGCCGCCAACCCCAACGUCAACCUCCACAACCUGGCCGCCCUCUACCCCCGCGCCACUGCCGCCGCCGCAGCCGCCGCCUCCGGCACCACGGGCUCCCCGCGCCUCCUGCCGGCGCUGGUGAAGAAGGAGGUGGUGGCGGACGACGAGGUGCUGGACCUGACGCUGAGCCCGUCGCCCUCGCCGGACAGCAGCACGGCGGAGGGCGGCGCCGACGCCGACAGCAGCCCCAGCCUGCCCGAGACGCUGAACCUGGAGGCGCUCAUCUCCCAGGAGAAGCAGCGCGAGAGGAGCAGCAGCAGCAGCAGCAGCGGCCACACGCUCACCCUGCACGCACGCCUACUGCAGCAGCAGCAACAACAACAACAACAACAACAGCCCCAGCAGCAGCAGCAGUCCUCCCGCAGUCCCCUGCAGCCGCGCCUGCUGUCCCAGCAGAGGAGCCUGACGCCGGCGCAGGCCCAGCAGCGGCAGCAGCAGACCAGCCGGCUGCUCAUGGCCCACGCCAACCUGCACCAGCAGCUGCUGCAGCGCCCCGGCAGCCCGCAGACCGCCCACGGCCGCUCCACCGCCGGAGCAGCCGGCGCGGCUGGAGGAGGCACCGUGCCGAGAGGCGCCUACGCCCAGUCGGGACCGCGGGGCCACCCGCUCCGGCAGCCCAGGCACGGGCCCAACGCCGGCGGCAAGAUGCGGGGCGGGGCCGUGGGCGUGGGCGCGGGCGCAGGUGUGCACAAGCUGCCGCCGCUGCAGGUGACGCCGCACGCGGGUCUGUCACUGAGCGCGCUCAAGCAGCAGAUCCGCGCGGACACGCAAAACAUGCUACAGCAGCAACGCCAGCAGCAGCAACGCCAGCAGCAGCAGCAGCAGCAGCAGCAACAGCAACAACAGCAGCAGCAACAACAGCAGCAGCAACAACAACAACAACAACAGCAGCAACAACAACAACAACAACAGCGGAGAGAGCUGCCUUACGCUCAGCAGGCCUCAAACAGGCAGCUCCUCCCCAACACUCUGCAUGGCUCAAACACACACGCGAUGCACAUGGGCAACACACACACGCAGCAGCAGCUGCUAAACACACAAGCAUCAAAUGCUCGCUUGAUGCAGCAGCAGCAGCAACAACAACAACAACAGCAACAACAACAACAACGGCAGCAGAUGCUCCACAACAGCCUGGGUCCGCAGCACAGCUCCCACGCCCAGCCCCGAACGCUCGCUCAGACUCAGCCGCACGCGCAGGUCAACGCGCACGCGCUGUCCGUGAGCCCGCCCAUCGCGCUGGACGACUGUCCGUCUCCCGACGACAUCCUGGACUUCCUGGACUGCUCGGCGUCCUCGGCGGUGCUGCCGCCGUCGUACUACACGGGCGCGUCCUCGCACGCCGUCUCUUCCUCGCCCUCGCUGUCGUCGUCGUCCUCGUCCCCCACCGUGGCCUCCUCGGCGGCGCUCUACUCCGCCGGCCUGCCCCUGGCCAUGGGCGCGGGCGCCGGCUCCUCCUCCGUCUUCGCGCCCCCCUCCACCUCCUCCUCCUCCGCUAACCUGCCCAUCCUCCCCUCCAAUCACGCCUUCCUGUCCUCCAGCAACGUCUUCUCCUCCACCGGCGGCUCCUCCAUCCUCCCCCCGGCGCACACCCUCCUCCCCUCCUCCGCUCACACCAACUCCUCCCACCUGUCCUCCUCCAAUCACUCGCUGAACCCCUCCCUCCUCUCCGGGGCCCACUCCCUCCCAUCCCCCCCCGAAGCCUACCUCCUCUCCUCCGCCAAUCCCUCGCUCUUCUCCUCUAACUCGUCCUCGUCCUCCUCGUCCUCCUCCUCGUUGCCCAAUGGCCACUGCAGUAUGGACGCCCUGGACAUGUUGAGAUCUGCUGCUGGCGACCGGCAGUCCGUCAUCCAGCACAAGCCAGAGUGGGACGCCACUUAGUGUCCAGGCUGCUCACUCGUUUGGCUGACACUGUUCGUGCGCACAUCAGAACUGCUCCCCCCCCCCCCCCCAACACCUCCACCCCCACCCACAUGCAGACACCGUGAGUCACUGUCGCCUCCCCAGGGCUGUCAAGUAGCGUUCUUGUUUCAGUUGUGUUUUUGUUCUGCAUCUAUAAGCUACUGUUAUGAAAUGGUGUUUUUAUUUGUUUCUGUUUAUUUGUUUUUACUCUGUGAAAGACCACAGUUGAUCUUGGCCGUGAAUGCCUAUCGUGGGCUUAUUCUGUGGGGGCAUGUUGCUGUGAAAAGUUUACCUCUGACAGAAACUUUUCUCUGCCCUUUUUUCAGCGGAGGCACUAAUUAUUCUAUACUUCAGAAGCCAGAUUACAUUGAAAACAUUCUUUACAACCUUUCAUGCAUCCAAGCAUACUAAAUAUAAUCAGUAUGGUUGUUGUCUGAUUGUAGAAAGUAUAGUUGGCUCAUCAAAAUGAUAUACCCAGUGCAAAUUGUUGUCAAUUAUAGUGCCUCAAUUACACUGUUUGGCCCUUCAUCUUCAGACUGUCGAUCAGUCACAUCACUUACGCAUGUAAGAAUACCCUCUGCCUCUCAGAUCAAGUGCAACUGUCAGGCCAUCUGAACUAAAGAUCCAAAAUGGUUGAGGCCAUUAUAGUUGUUUGUUUGUGGCUAAAGCCUAUUGUUGUUCAUUUAUUUUUGUCAUGGGGAAAUCUGUUCUGAUCUUAGGAAAAAAAAGAUCAAAAGAAAGAAAUGCCUUGUCCUAACAGUGCCUUUACAAAUGCUUAACAAAUGCAGUCUUUUAAACUGGUAUGUAUAUAUUUAUAUUGAGAGAAGUGGAAUAUUAUUAUUUAUUGUAAUGACUUAUGUUACUCUAAAGAAGAAAAAAAACUUCCUCUCUUGAGCAGUGACCUGUGGUCAAACAUAGUCAUGCAACAUUUAGUCUGCUGUUUAUGGUUAUUAUUAUUGAUAUUAUAAUUAUUAAUUCAGAUGCUUUUAUUUUGCCCCACUCAGCAAGUCAGACUAUCCUCUUUCGUCCACAUCUUCCUUGACUGUGAGAACAGAGAGGGGAAGCGGCCAGUGCUGAAAAUGGACAGAUGGCUAUAAUGUGAGCCAGACGUUGUAAUAAAAGAAAUCUUGUCACUUGUACUGCUUGUUUAAGUAAUUUCUCAGGUAUAGUGUUGUCCUUUUUCUACCAGUCCAGACCAAUUGCUACCGUAUUUGAAUUAAGUUAGUUUUGGGAAGAGAUGUUUUGUUUCGGAAAAGAAUCCACUCAUUCAGGGGAACCAGGCCAUUUCGAUUACGUGAACCUCCCAAAUUUCGAAACAUGAGAACCGGUGAAUCAGGUAUGUUUUCACUGUCUCACUUUUAAGUGGAAGUGGAAGCAAUACAGUGUCUUAUGAACAUUUCUCAAAUGUACCUAUGGGUGAUCAACAACUCAUCAAAAGUGCUUCAGUGGUUCAAGGAAUUGGUGUGUAUUUGUCUGACUACAGGUUUGAAUUGUUCUAUUUAAAUAUUUUUUAAAAUUGGGGUAAAAAAAGUUCAGUUGUUUAAAGGUCCUUACUGUAAGGUCAAUAGAUUGUGUCUUGUAUUCUUGUAUCCAAGUGGGAAGAAAGAAGUGUAUUAUUGUUCUUUGAUGUUGCUGUUCAUAUUAUUGUCAUCAUAACUAUAAUUGUUAUUUAUAUUCAAGGGAUAUUUUAGUAGGACUGUUAUUUUGAUUCUUUAAUCCUGUUUGAUAGCUCAACACGUUCUAAACCUCUUGUCAGGGUCCUGUCCCCCCCACACCCUCCUCAGAUGUUAGUUGAAGCAUAUUUAACCUGCCACCAAAUAUAUUGCACUGCCACAUACUGCUGUACUGCAAUAUUGUAUGUUUUAUUUUCUCUCUGACAUAUUUUAUGCACACUAAUCAGAAAUGAUCUCAUCUCCUCAUUGGGUUUAAUACCCCCUAGUAUCCAUUUUCUUCUGACACCAAAGCAUCAGCACAAAUAUCUUGCAAUGUUGAAACAGGGGUGAAUUACAUUGGCUGUUUUCCAGAUACCAUUUCAGGUCACCACAAAAUCAUGUUAUCGAAUUCUCCCCACAAAGUUAAUCUCAGGAAGACCCAUGGGAUCAUUUGAGCAACAUGUUGGAUUAAUUACCAGGACGAAAUGUGUGUCCUGCACUGCAAGGUUGACUACUAUUGUUUUACUUAAUAGAAAAAUAAAUUUGGUAAACUGACCUCUUCUACUGGUUUUGGAGACAAAAGAUUUAUUAACUUGGACACCAAAUCAGAUUCUGUUUGUUUUGUUUUUUUCGUUCGUUCGUUUGUUUGUUUGUUUUAACUGGUAGUUUAGAGUAGAGGAGAAUUCUAUCUCAAUUGUGAAUUUGAUACUGUUUCAAUGUCCCAUUGCAGACAUUGCUUUGACAGCUCAUUGACAAUUCUGCUCCUGCUACAGUUUGUCAGUAGCUGUGACUAUCAAACAAUUCAUUGUCCAUUUCAGCAGACUUUUGAGCAUUUUUAAAUGAAUUUGAGAUUUUUUUUUUCAGUGUUUGUUCAACACCAGAAAUCUGUAUUUCAAGAGUGAUUUUGUCACCCUGUGUGCUUUUUCAUAAAAUGGUCUAUACCCUUCCCUUUUAAAGAACUGAACAAGUUCUUUGGUGAACACUUUGAUAAUAAAAACAGAACAUUUAUUGAAACUGCUACUGAUUGUAUGUAUUUUCUGUUGGAGCACUUUUUCUUUUGGGGUUUCCAUUUUAUUUUACUGAAUAUUUAUGAUUAGGUGAAAUUGUAAAUAAUGUAAACAUCUGUGCCUUUUGACUCAUUCUCAACAUUUUCUAUAUCUAACAGAAGGAAUAUAUUGUAUUGAUAUUAAUUUUGUUAACAAACAAAAUAAAAACUAGAGUUUGUCGAA